AUUGCUAUGCUCUGGGAGUGUUGAUAUUUUCCAGUCAGUCCGGCUGACUGCGGCCAGGUUGGAAGCCUGGCAGGGAGUCGUUUUCAAGUUGUCGCGCCUGGGGCCGGCCGCACUGUGCUGUCAUAGUACUCCUGCCUGUGAGUCAGAGCCUCAGGGAGAGAAGAGCGCGACAGGACGGUCGAGAGAAGAAAGGCAAGGAACAAGAGUGCAGACUUUGACUGAAAUCUGAGACGGAGGGCACGGGAGGGCGAUCGCUAGCUUCUGAUUGGCCCGUGGGCAUCAUCGUAGACCCACGCAACUGCCUCGAUUGGUUGGUGUCUGCAAUUGUUUUGGCGGCGGCGAAGAUUUUGCCCACGUACUUCCGAACGAGAGGCGGGACUGUGCCCUGGCGCGCGUGCGCAGCGCCCCGGGGCCCCACCCGGUAGUUCAAGAACCUGCGAGGGGGCGGGGCGAAGAGGUGCUUGUUUUGGUUCUGUUUCCUUUGAAGCGGCAGGCCGGAACGAGCGAGCAUAGCAGUAAACUUGUUGGACUUGGAGAAAAGGCUACGACAAACUCGCCGCGGUGCCAUCAUCUAGGACUUCACAUCCGGGUUCUCCUGCCCCGUGACCUGCGCGCCACCGACGGUUCUCGAACCGGUGCCUCAAUCUCUUUAUCCGGGUCCCGCCGAUCCCGUCGUGCUUCGCGCACCACAGUAGCCCCCUCAUCCGGGUUCUAUCCCAGCGUGCCUCGCGCCGGGUUUGCUGGGGGGUACUUGGCGGUGCCGCCAUGACUAUUCUCCCCAAAAAGAAGCCGCCGCCUCCCGACGCCGACCCCGCCAACGAACCGCCGCCGCCCGGGCCGCUGCCCCCGGCGCCGCGUCGCGGCGGGGGUGUGGGCGUGGGCGGCGGCGGCACGGGUGUGGGCGGUGGCGACCGCGACCGUGACUCGGGAGUCGUGGGGCCCCGUUCCCGGGCCUCACCACCGCCUCAGGGCCCGCUACCGGGGCCGCCGGGAGCGCUUCACCGCUGGGCGCUGGCUGUGCCGCCUGGCGCCGUGGCGGGUCCGCGACCACAGCAGGCCUCUCCUCCUCCUUGCGGGGGCCCUGUCGGUCCCGGCGGCGGUCCCGGCGACGCGCUGGGCUCAGCGGCGGCGGGUGUGGGCGCGGCGGGCGUGGUGGUGGGCGUGGGCGGAACCGUAGGCGUGGGAGGUUGCUGCUCCGGGCCGGGCCACAGCAAGCGGCGACGUCAAGCCCCCGGGGUCGGAGCGGUUGGCGGGGGCAGUCCGGAGCGUGAGGAGGUCGGCGCGGGUUACAACAGUGAGGACGAAUACGAAGCGGCUGCAGCCCGCAUCGAGGCUAUGGACCCCGCAACCGUUGAGCAGGGGGAACAAAACACAGGACCAUUCCAAUGGAUUCCAGCGACUUCCUUAAAGCAGGAGCACUGGUUUGAAAAGGCCCUGAGGGACAAGAAGGGCUUCAUCAUCAAGCAGAUGAAGGAGGACGGCGCCUGUCUCUUCCGGGCUGUAGCUGACCAGGUAUAUGGAGACCAGGACAUGCAUGAGGUUGUACGAAAGCAUUGCAUGGACUACCUGAUGAAGAAUGCAGACUACUUCUCCAACUAUGUCACAGAGGACUUCACCACCUACAUCAACAGGAAGCGGAAAAACAACUGCCAUGGCAACCACAUUGAGAUGCAGGCCAUGGCAGAGAUGUACAACCGGCCCGUGGAGGUGUACCAGUACAGCACAGGUACUUCUGUGGUGGAACCCAUCAACACAUUCCAUGGGAUCCAUCAAAAUGAGGAUGAACCCAUCCGCGUCAGCUACCAUCGGAAUAUCCACUACAAUUCAGUGGUGAAUCCCAACAAGGCCACCAUUGGUGUGGGGCUAGGCCUGCCGUCAUUCAAACCGGGGUUUGCAGAGCAGUCCCUGAUGAAGAAUGCCAUAAAAACAUCAGAGGAGUCAUGGAUUGAACAGCAGAUGCUGGAAGACAAGAAGCGGGCCACAGACUGGGAGGCCACAAACGAGGCCAUUGAGGAGCAGGUGGCUCGGGAAUCCUACCUGCAGUGGCUACGGGAUCAAGAGAAACAGGCCCGCCAGGUCCGCGGCCCCAGCCAGCCCCGGAAAGCCAGCGCCACAUGCAGUUCUGCCACAGCAGCAGCCUCCAGUGGCCUAGAGGAGUGGACCAAUAGGUCCCCGCGGCAGCGGAGUUCAGCCUCUUCACCCGAGCACCCUGAGCUGCACACCGAGUUGGGCAUCAAGCCCCCUUCCCCAGGCACUGUCUUAGCUCUUGCCAAACCUCCUUCACCCUGUGCACCAGGUACAAGCAGCCAGUUCUCGGCAGGGGCUGACCGGGCUACUCCCCCCCUCGUGUCCCUCUACCCUGCUCUGGAGUGCCGGGCCCUCAUUCAGCAGAUGUCCCCCUCUGCGUUUGCAGGUCUGAAUGACUGGGAUGAUGAUGAGAUCCUAGCAUCGGUGCUGGCAGUGUCCCAACAGGAAUACCUAGACAGUAUGAAGAAAAACAAAGUGCACAGAGAUCCACCCCCAGACAAGAGUUGAUGGAGACCCAGAGACUGGAGACCAUCUCCCAACCCCCACCACUCCUGCCCUCCGGUGCCGACCCACCUUCUUUGGCUUUCUUCCCUCUUGCCUUCUUCCCUCUCUCCUUUCGUUUCCCUCUUCCCCACUUCCCUCUGGCUGACCCACCACUGCACCCCCUUUCAUCGCUGCCACCACCACCAUCACCCGUCUCUUCGCCAGCUGACGUGCCCUGUUGCCCCCUGCACAGCACCAUCCCUGCACUCCACAGGGGACUUGGGCAAGGGUGCCGAACAUAGGCGAGAGGCUCACAGAGACAAACCAACUGGCAGCCAGGCAGUCCCCGAGGAGAAACAUUCAGACAGAGGAAAGUCUCCCUGCCCCCCUCACUCCCUGCCCUGUUUCUUCCAACUUCAGAAAAACUUGUUACCCCCACCUCCACAAUGAUGCUGGGAAGGUGCGAGGAAGAAGUGGGAAUUCCCCUUCCCAGUACCCCAAGAAUGUCUGAGCCUUCAAUGUUGAAUUUUUUCUUUAUUAAAAUGUACUUUUAUCGUAUAAAAUCAAUCAAUCCAAAAUGAUGUAGACAACAGCAUUGGCUCUGUGAAGGCGGCAUCUCUGGUUUGGGAGCAGGCAGGCCAUGGGCCACAGAGGGAGCACAAAGAUGUGGUUGCUGUCUCUAGCCUCCAGCUCUGUGGAGGUGGGCAGUGUCUAGAGUGCAAGCUGGGGCAGGGUGGGGGGCAGGGGGGCAGGUGUCAUAUGGGCUUUGGACACUGAGACUCUGACCUCGCUGCAUUCCUAUUGCUUCCACACCACCACCACCACUACCACCACCACCACUGGUCUCUUUGGAAUCUUGGGGUGGGAGGCACCUUUGAGGAUCAUGGCAGCCACUGCCUGCCCAGGAUUUGAGUGGGGAGUGGGAGCAGCCUCAACAGAUGAGGCACCUGUGCCCUGCAGGUGUUGACAAGAUCCACCAUCUGUAAUGUCCUUGGCACAAUAAAACCAAAUGUCAGUUUCCCCUGA